UUUGCACUUUAUUGCUGUUUGCUUUUGAUGUUACUAUUACCACUGAAGACCAAGCCACCAAUGGAGUUUUGAUCUGCUCCGAGUAUACUUUCCAUGACAACAUAGGUGACUGGAUGGACUCCAUGAGAAUAUGUGGCGAACUCGAGAAUGGUUCACUUAUCUCUAUGGAAACCGAAAAAGAAUGGCACUUUAUCAAGAACUUGACCGCGAUAAAGAAAAAGCAACGUUGGUUUAUUGGAUUGGAAAGUGUUAACGGAUCUCACACGGGGUGCUGGUUGAAUAAGAGCAUAGCCUGCGUCAACGAGACGUUAUCUGGAACAUGGCGAUGGUCUGAUGGAGAACCCAACCAUCAUAAUAAAGAACUUUGCGUAGAGAUGUGGCGCAAUGGAAAGUAUAACAACAUAGAGUGUCAAAAAAAAGAUGGCUAUCAUGACAAUCCAGGGUAUAUAUGUGAAAAGCAAGUCAAUUGUUCCACAGUUUCACAGAGAGAAGAUAUUUUCAUGGAGGAAACGACAGGACCUGCGUCAACCCGCCAACUUUUAACAACAACGACAAUGGCCACCUCACUCAGGACAAAAAUGACGAAUGCAAAAACUAAAGAUCGGCAUGAGAUGCUUUCAAAAGGGUCGACUCAUGAGCCACUAACACCGAUUACUACUCGUUUCAAAGAAUCAACAACGAGGGCGACAAAACGCUCCACCCAACCAAGUGUUGCAACAACUUCUGCACAGCAAAACGGAUCUACAUUUAAUCAACCAACAAAAGGAGAAGACGCCAUUGAGGUCUUCAAUACAUUUCAGUUUGCCGAAGGUGACGAGCACAAGCUGCACAAAGUCCUUGAGCAGUUUGAGCAGUACUGUAACCCCAGGAAGAACGUAGUGUUCGAGAGGUAUCAGUUUUGGCAGAUAACACAGAAAGAUUCCGAAACUGUGGAUCAGUUUGUCACACGCUUGAAAAACAAAGUGAAAUCUUGCGAGUACCCGUCGCCGGUUGAUGACAUGUUGCGAGACAAGUUCGUGUUUAGUAUACGAGAUCUUCAAGUGAAGGAACGCUUACUGAGAGACGAGAANGCACGAGAUUUAAAUCGGAAAAUUUUGUAA